CCUGACGGUCUCACUCGCAGGGGCGACAUCAACCUGCUGAUGCUGGGAGAUCCGGGUACGGCCAAGUCCCAGCUGCUCAAGUUCGUGGAGAGAUGUUCACCUAUCGGGGUGUAUACCUCAGGUAAGGGCAGCAGUGCGGCGGGUCUGACCGCCUCCGUGCUCAGGGACCCCCACACUCGAGGAUUCAUCAUGGAGGGCGGAGCCAUGGUGCUGGCUGACGGCGGAGUUGUGUGCAUCGAUGAGUUCGACAAGAUGAGAGAAGAUGACAGAGUGGCCAUCCACGAAGCCAUGGAGCAGCAGACCAUCUCCAUCGCCAAGGCCGGCAUCACCACCACCCUGAACUCUCGCUGCUCGGUCCUGGCUGCAGCCAACUCGGUGUUCGGCCGCUGGGACGACACGAAGGGCGAGGACAACAUCGACUUCAUGCCCACCAUCCUGUCCCGUUUCGACAUGAUCUUCAUCAUCAAAGACCACCACGACCAGCAGAGGGACAUGACUCUGGCCCGUCACGUGAUGAACGUUCACCUCAGUGCUCAGACGCAGACGGAGGGUGUUGAGGGAGAGAUCCCACUCGCCACCUAUAAGAAAUACAUCGCCUAUGCCAGAGUUAAAUGUGGCCCUCGACUCUCCACGGCCGCUGCCGAGAAGCUGAAGAACAGAUACGUGGUGAUGAGGAGCGGAGCGAGGGAGCACGAGAGAGAGAGCGACAAAAGACCCUCCAUCCCCAUCACUGUCAGGCAGCUGGAGGCCGUCGUGCGUAUCGCAGAGUCUCUGGCGAAGAUGAAGCUGCAGGCUGUGGCUGGAGAGGCGGAGGUGGACGAGGCCCUCAGACUCUUCCAGGUCUCCACACUGGACGCUGCGCUGUCCGGCAGCCUGUCAGGUGUGGAGGGCUUCACUUCUCAGGAGGACCAGGAAAUGAUCUCCCGCAUCGAGAAGCAGCUGAAGAGACGCUUCGCCAUCGGCUCCCAGGUGUCGGAGCACAGCAUCGUCCAGGACUUCACCAAACAGAAAUAUCCGGAGCACGCCAUCUACAAAGUCCUGCACCUGAUGCUGAGGAGGGGAGAGAUGCAGCACCGCAUGCAGAGGAAGGUUCUCUACAGAGUCAAGUAGAGCGGCCUGCUGCUCCGGUCCACGUCCCACCUGUUGUAUAUAGUUCUCAUCUCUGUGUUUACCGUCAGUGUCUGAUCUCAGUCAAGGUGAAAGCUCUUCCUGUAUUUUUCUUCUGACUGAUUCAGUGAAAUUGUUAUAAAGACAGUUCUUACUGUUAAAAUGUUGAUGAUGUUUUGUGUAAACGCAAAGAUUGAGGUGUCUGCAUUGUUUGUAAAAAAAAAUCCCCAAAUAAUAAAGUAUUUGAAACGUUAA